UUGCUUUGGAUCUAACAAAGAAAGUUUCAUUUCGAUUUGAUUGGAAUGUAGUUGAGCGCCAUUACCAGUGACUGAAGAAUGGAUAUAGAGAGAUCGUCGCUGUGCAAUUGCGUGGUGAAUUUCCUGUUGGAGGAGAAGUACCUAUUGACCGCAUUCGAGCUUUUACAAGAGCUUCUUGAAGAUGGCAGAGACGAUCAGGCCAUUCGCCUCAGACAAUUCUUUUCCGAUUCAGCUCAAUUCCCUCCCGAUCUCAUCUCUCGCUUCAACUCUCUCCGAGUUGCAGAUCCUCAGAGUUUACUGGAAGAGAAAUUAGCUCUAGAAGAGAAAUUAGCAAUUAGUGAUUAUGAACUCCGUUUAGCGCAAGAGGACAUUAUAAAAUUAAAGACUGAUUUAAACAAGAAGACUGAUUUACCGCAGGAUAACUUAAACGAGUCAGAUGCUGAUAACAAUGUAAACCAUGGAACUGAGUUUCAACGGAAGAAGAGGGAUGCUUCUUUAUCUGAUUUGGGCCCCUUGAAGGAUAAUGAACGUAGAGAUCUUAAUUGUGCUGUAAAGGAAUAUUUACUUUUAGCCGGGUACCGGCUUACAACAAUGACUUUUUAUGAAGAAGUUACAGACCAAAACUUAGAUGUUUGGGAGAAUACACCUGCAUGUGUACCAGAUGCCUUACGACAUUAUUAUUAUCAGUAUCUUUCAUCCACUUCAGCAGCUGCUGAGGAGAAAAUUGCUAUGCUUCGAGAAAAUGAGUCAUUGCUAAAAGCGAAUGAGAGUUUAAAUAUAGAAAAGGAGAGCUUACUGAAAAAUAAAGAAGUUUCCGAAGGUCAAAUCAGUGCCUUAACCAAAUCAUUAGAAGCGCUUCAUAAGGAUCUUAAGGACAGGGAGAAACUGGUGCAAGAUUUGAGGAAGACUUUGGAGCACCAACGGAAGGAACUUAAUGAUUGCAGAGCUGAAAUCACUGCACUCAAAAUGCAUAUUGAAGGAUCCCGUUCUUCACAGAAUGUGGUAGCUAUGGAUGUUGAUGUUGUCCAAUCCCGGUCCUUGGAAAAAUACAAGGAAGAGAUAAAAGCUUUGCAGAUGGAAAUUGAAAGAUUAAAGGCAAAAAGUACAAAUGCUCCUGACUCUGUAGGCUCUGUAUAUUCUGAGUCUAUGCAGACUGAAGAGAAAGUAGUUGAAGUGGAUCAAAAUAAAAUUGUAAUCUCUCACCCAGUUAGUAUGGUUGAAGUGGUAAACAGUGAAGAAGAAGCUCAGUCAUUGGCUACUCAUGCCCUUGAUGAUAACACAAUUAAACAACCUGAGGAAGUUUCACAGGAGGCAUUUACAAGUCCUUCAAAUGAAAAUAAUGCUUUAGAAAACAGUGAAAGUAUUCCCGAACAGAAUGAUGAACCACCUCCAGAAGACAGUGGGCUCAAUCCGAAAUCAGGCAGUCUUAGGGGUGAAGCUGACAAAACGGGUUUAGGAACUAUUCAGAUCCUAGCAGAUGCCUUGCCCAAGAUUGUUCCAUAUGUUCUGAUAAACCAUCGGGAGGAGCUUCUUCCUCUGAUAAUGUGUGCAAUUGAGCGCCAUCCAGAUGGCAGCACACGAGAUUCCCUGACCCACACACUAUUUAAUUUGAUCAAACGUCCAGAUGAAAAGCAGAGAAAAAUUAUAAUGGAUGCUUGUGUUACCCUUGCUAAGAAUGUUGGAGAGAUGAGAACAGAAAUGGAAUUGCUUCCUCAGUGUUGGGAACAGAUAAAUCACAUGUAUGAAGAGCGUCGGUUGCUUGUUGCACAAUCAUGUGGAGAGCUUGCAGAAUUUGUCCGGCCUGAGAUUCGUGAUUCUCUUAUUUUGUCUAUUGUGCAACAACUGAUAGAAGAUUCAGCAACUGUUGUCCGAGAGGCUGCUGCUCGUAAUCUGGCCUUGCUGCUUCCACUCUUUCCGAAUUUGGACAAAUAUUUCAAGGUGGAGGAUUUGAUGUUCCAACUGGUCUGCGAUCCAUCUGGAGUGGUGGUAGAAACUACACUUAAAGAUCUACUUCCUGCAGUUAUCAACUGGGGAAACAAAUUUGACCAUAUUUUGAGAGUGUUACUUUCUUAUAUCUUGAGCUCUGCUCAGCGUUGUCCGCCUCUUUCUGGGGUAGAAGGGUCUAUGGAGUCACAGCUGCGUGUUUUAGGUGAAAGAGAGCGCUGGAAUAUUGAAGUUCUACUGAGAAUGCUAGUAGAAUUGCUUCCUUUUGUGCAGCAGAAUGCAAUUGAGACUUGUCCAUUUUCGUCUGCUUCAGUGUCAAAGGGAGCUUUUCCUAGUUCCUUGCUUGAAUUGUAUGCAGGGGGACAUGUCGACUGGCCAACAUUUGAAUGGAUGCAUACCAACUGCUUUCCUGAUUUGAUACAGCUGGUCUGCAUGUUACCUCAGAAAGAAGAUAAUUUGAGAAACCGAGUUACUAAGUUUUUGCUGGCUGUUUCUGAACAAUUUGGGGAUUCUUACCUAACACACAUCAUGCUGCCUGUAUUCUUGGUAGCAGUCGGUGAUAAUGCCGAUUUGACAUAUUUUCCUUCAACCAUUCAUUCAAGAAUCAAAGGUCUGAAACCGAAAACUGCUGUGGCUGAGAAACUUGCUACUAUGUGUGUACUUCCACUUGUCUUGGCUGGUGUUUUAGGUUCUCCCAGCAAACAUGAACAAUUAGCAGACUACUUAAGAAAGCUGUUAGUUGAAGGCACCAUGAAAGAGAACCAUUCAGUGAAGCUCAGUGCUGAGACUGUUAAUGCUGUCCGCUUCCUCUGCACAUUUGAGGAAUAUCAUGGUAUGGUAUUUAAUAUUUUAUGGGAAAUGGUUGUCAGCUCCAACUUGGAUAUGAAAAUCAAUGCUGCCAAUCUGUUGAAAGUCAUUGUACCAUAUAUUGAUGCAAAAGUUGCUUCUACUCAUGUUCUUCCUGCAUUGGUUACUCUUGGGUCUGACCAAAACCUGAAUGUGAAGUAUGCAAGCAUAGAUGCAUUUGGAGCUGUGGCACAACAUUUUAAAAAUGACAUGAUUGUUGAUAAGAUACGAGUUCAAAUGGAUGCUUUUCUUGAAGAUGGAUCCCAUGAAGCAACUGUUGCUGUGGUCCGUUCAUUGGUGGUGGCAGUACCACAUGCAACUGAUAGACUCAGAGAUUAUUUGUUGUCCAAGAUUUUCCAUCUUUCAGCAAUGCCAACUUCUUCAAGUUCCUUUGUAGAUUUCUAG